GUUUGUUUUGACCGAAUUUAGCAAUCUUGGAAGCGUUCUCGUUAUUUGUGAUUAAAACAUCAGCUGUUGGCACUGGGUCAUAUAUUUCUUGUUAAGGCGUUUGAGGUUAUUAACCCAAAGAGAAAAAUAAAGAAGAAAUCAAGAACACACCGUACACUUGAAACGCCAUUAUACUUGAAUGUGUAUCAGUUCCUCCGGACCAGUCGGAACGGCAGGAGAGACAGUUUUACCAGGACAACGACUUUAAGGAUUCUCAAGAAUGGCGUCGUUUAGCAAACGCUCAAAGCAUUUUGGGAUUUUACUGCUGGCUACUUUGCUGCAGAUAGCGCUAGCCGAUUUGCAGCAGGAGUCUCCGGAUGACGGGAAGCUGAUUUUUGCACAUGUGAUAUUUCGUCAUGGUGAUCGGACACCGAUCGAGCCUUAUCCGACUGAUCCCUACAAGGAUCCUAAGUACUGGAGCACUGGCUGGGGACAGCUUACUAAUGGAGGCAAGCAGCGGCACCUGGAGCUGGGCCAGUGGCUAAGAAAUCGAUAUCGCAGUAUUCUGAGCGACACGUUCUCGGUCAACGAAAUCUACAUUCGCUCAACCGACGUGGAUCGAACGUUGAUGAGCGCUCAGUCCAAUCUAGCCGGACUCUAUCCACCGUUGAAUGGAGACGUUUGGAACCCAUCGAUUAAUUGGCAACCGAUUCCCGUACACACGAUGCCGGAAGAUAUAGAUGCUGUACUGGCUGCAAAAAAAUCAUGCCCGGCUUUCGACAAAGAAUUGUCCAGGUACAAGCACUCGGAAGAUUUCCAGGCUUACAACAAAUCGUUAGAAUCCAUGUAUGAAUACGUAACAGCUCACGUGGGCCGUAAAGUAGAUUCGCUUACUACCGCCCAAAAUCUGUAUAGCAAUCUGCACAUCGAAGACUUGAACAACUUCACACUGCCAGACUGGACCAAGCAAGUUUACCCAGAGCCACUUCGAUCGAUAUCAGCCAAAUCAUUUGCCAUUAAAACGAAUACGACAUUAUUGGCUCGCUUGAAAACUGGACUACUGAUCAAGGAAAUGUUGCAACGUUUCCAGGAUAAGGUAAACAACAAGCUGAAGCCUGACCGAUCGGCAUGGAUUUACAGUGCUCACGACACAACGGUAGCCAAUGUGCUAAAUUCGCUGCGCAUCUUCGAUUUGCACAAUCCUCCAUUUGCAGCAUGUGUUCUGGUUGAACUCUAUCGGUCUUCAUCCGGUGCUCCGUAUGUAUCAGUGUUUUACAAAAACACAACUGCCGAACCACAAGCGCUGGUAAUCCCUAACUGCGGACAACGUUGUCCGCUGGAGCAGAUGUUCAAAGUAUAUGCAGACAUUUUACCGGACGACUGGAAACGCGAGUGCCAAAUUUCGUUCCUCUCGUUGGCCUAUAUGGAGGCCGACAUCCGUUCACCUACCAGUAUAAUCAGCGUUGUUUUCCUGUCGAUGAUGGCCGUGCUAGUUGUACUAUUGGUCGUUGUCGCCUAUCGUAAGCGCCAUGGUGGCUUCCACAACGACAAGUGGUAUCUGCGAAUCGAUGGAUAAUGGCACGAGAACAGCGAAUCGGCUAGUGGUCGGCGCCGUUUGCUAGGCACAACUAUUCCGGUGGAUUCCCUAGUUGAUGAUGUUGAGGAGGUUGAUGUUUGAGCUUGCCAUCGAAUGUGUUGUGCGAAAUCAGGUUGUUGCAUUUGAAAACUAAACACUAUUAUACAGAAUGUUCACUUAAUAAGUGUGAUGUAAGACUCUAAUGACUCCGAUACUCUGUAUGAAACUAUUACGAAUAUUUCGAUGGAUAGAAUAAAUCUGUUGUGGAACAUCUAUUAGGAAAAAAAUAUAUACAUAAAUAUGAAUUUGUUGCUACCUGUAAACGCACGAAAGUA